CAGCAAGAACCUGAUUUCUAGAUAAUGUGAUAUUCAAUUAAUAUAGAAUCUUUAAAAGUUUAAAUGCUAAAUCAAUCCAAAUUAUAUUGGUCCUUAAAAGAUUACAACCCUUCAGCACCAAUUUUAUUUUGAUAUUAUAAUUAUAAUCCCCUCUGAUAUUGUAUUUAAAUAUUCAUAUCUUGUUCUCUACUGUCCGUUUUAUUUUGUUUCUGGAUGUUUCUUGGUUUAAAUAAAGUUAGGAGAGGAAGUGGAACAAUCUUGAGCUCUGUUGAAUAAAUCUGGAAAAAGUAAUUAUGGAAACCUAUAAGUGCCCUAAAUGUUUUCAAAGCUAAAGCACUAACCUACUAAUUAGCUCCAGUAUUAGCUGUUAGCGGAUUGUGCCCACCACUGAUUUCAUUUGACUUUUUUGCAAUCAGAAAACGCUUCAAAGCAAACCAAAACUCAACAAUAAAUAGAAAUGACCAAACCUCUCUCAGAGGGAAGGAUGAUUGGAGGUGAUUUUCAGGAAUGACUGCUGCGUGUUUGUCAGAGAUGAUGCAACUGAAACAUCAGAUCCAGUGGAUUCCAGAUAACAACCGGUGAACGUUGUACUUUGAACAGCAGCUUGUUCCAUGCAGGGAUUUAACCUCACAGUCCUGCAGCUGCCGUCGGACCAGGUUUCUUCUUCCUCUGGUCUGGAGGACCUCCUCUGCCAUCAUGUCCACCUCCGUGCAGAUCGCGCCGGUCAUGGAAGAGACGUACGAUGGAGUCGGCCGCUGUAAGUGUGCCUUCUGGCUGGCGGUGGUCCACGACGUUCUGGGCGUCCUGGUCAUCAUGGUGGGGGUGUUCGGCGGCCUGGUGAUCCACGACGUCUUCAUCUACGGCGGCGCCAUCGUCAUCUUCCUCAGCCUGAUCUGGUGGAUCUUCUGGUACUCGGGGAACAUCGAGGUGCCGUCGGAGGAGCUGGAGGACGACGUGGGCCUGAUGAAGACCCGGGACAGGCGGCUCAGCCGGGCCGUCAGGCGGGUUUCCAACGGGAUCAGGAACUCCUUCAGGAAAAAGGCUCGGCCUGUGGAAGAGGGGCCCUCCGGGGGCCCCGGGCCCUCAGACUGCGGUACGGAUGUAACACUCUCUACCAUAUAUGGCAGCUCUAAAGGCUCUUCCUCAAAACAACUUGUAAGAGAAACUUUGUCCAUAUGAAGAGUCAGAACCUGAAGCUGGAGUUUUAUUUUUGUCUUUAUCUACAGUUAUUUUUAUGUGUCUGUAAUCGUUAGUCAACACAGAGAUGAUGAAUGAUAAGACGUAAACUUUGCACACAACAACAGCAGUUUGCUGACACAUUCAGAGACUACUGACUGUUUUUACCGCUGAUCAUCUGUAGCUCAUUUACAGAUUUCAGAGGAGUUGAAAUGAGUGAAGUGCUUCAUUUUAUCUGCAUGAUCUGUUCAUUUAUCAUGGAAAUUGUAAAUGCUGCUGCUGAAACAAAACACUGACACACCUGAAGCAGAAAACAGUUAUAAACAGCUACAAGCAUUUACUAUCCAUAUGUUCCCUAUUUUCUGCAAAAAUACUAAAUUAUUGCUUGUAAUAUAUGUCAAAUCUAAACUAACGAUGAAACAAACCCACACUGAACUUGUUUUAUAACUCGUAAAAUAUUUUUAGAAUUUUUGUGUGAAAUUAAAAGUUGUGUAAAUAUCACGUUUCCAUCUUGUUG